AUGAUCUCAGACGCCGCGGAUUCAUCGGCCAGUUCAUAUCGUACUCACUUUCGUUAGAUAUUUCCCAGUGUUGUGAUUCCACAUAACCCCCCUCUCAGUCCUUUCCCACCACCCCGACAAUUUCCCUCAUCGCGCACGUUGUCCCCCACGUCCUCGUAAUUCAUAAAAUCAGUCAUAAUUUUCACGUCUAAUAAACCGCGAUGGACGUCACCGGACCUGUUGCACCACAUUCGCUGAAAAAUCAUCGAAACUUAACGACUGAGAAGCAAAAAUGAGUGAAUCAUCCCUGAAAAUCUCACUCAUCUCGGUAAUUCCCAGUGCAUUUAUAUGAAUUCUGAGUAAACAAAGUGAAUGUGGGGUUCGUACCUCCAAAUUUUUCCACCACCUAAUGUUUCUAUUCAUCCGAAGAAGUGAAGGAGAGGAAAAUAAAAGUAAAGAGAGCAAAAUCCAACGAGUUGAGUGUGUGUGUGAGUGAUUGAAGCUGCAACAGUUGAUUUAAUAAUUGGUGUUACAAAUUAAUCGGUCAGUUGUGACGAAUUUGCAAUACAAUUGGCAAAUUAAUAGUUGAGUAAAGAUGGGAAUAGUGCAGAGCCGCUGUUCUGAAACAGCCGCCGGUGGCAGCGGCGUCGGUAUUGGAAUGCGGGAUAGUCUGGGAAUAAAGACACCGAGUUUCCAACAGCAUCAACACUGUCAGGGUACACUGGGGAGUCUCGGUGGACCACACACGAGAAGUGGUAGUGUCAGAGCACCACCAAGACAACCCAUGCCUGAUACUAUGGAGCUUGAGAGACGUUUCACCAAAGUACUCGCCUCGAUGGAUUUACCACCGGAUAAAGCGAAGCUACUGAAGCAGUAUGAUAAUGAGAAAAAAUGGGACAUCAUUUGUGAUCAGGAACGAGUUCAAGCAAAAGAUCCUCCCUCCCAUUACCUCGCGAAAUUACGGACUUAUCUAGACCCCAAAGCCUCCAGAAGCCAUCGAGCGUAUCGCUUCCUCGCGUAUUUCCAGAAAAGGAAAAUGGUUGGGGAGUCAACGUCAACGCAAGUCUUGAGGGAUCUGGAGAUUUCGCUGAGGACGAAUCACAUAGAAUGGGUGAGAGAAUUCCUAGACGAAGAAAACCAGGGGCUGGAUGCCCUUAUUGACUACCUCAGUUUUAGACUCUUGAUGAUGAGACACGAACAGAGGCUGAUGGAGUCAAGGACAGAGUCGGAAGAGAAAAUCCAAACAAGUGGAGUUGUUGAAAAUACAUCAAUAAACAACGGUUGCCUCAGGCCUCCCCUUCACGACCUAAAAGACAGUCCCGGUGUAAAAAGGCGAUCGAGACAUGUUGCACGACUUAACAUGGGCGAAGCGAAGGACGAUAUUCAUGUUUGCAUUUUAUGUAUGCGAGCUAUCAUGAAUAAUAAGUACGGUUUUAAUAUGGUUAUCCAACAUCGUGAGGCAAUAAACUGCAUUGCCCUUUCCUUAAUUCACAAGAGUUUAAGAACGAAAGCUCUAGUCUUAGAAUUACUUGCUGCCAUUUGUCUUGUGAAAGGCGGGCACGAAAUAAUAUUAUCAGCCUUCGACAAUUUCAAAGAGAUAUGCACAGAGCGAAAGAGAUUUGAAACACUCAUGGCAUAUUUUACCCAGUACGACAGUUUUCACAUUGAAUUUAUGGUUGCCUGUAUGCAGUUCGUUAACAUCGUCGUACAUUCUGUCGAGGAUAUGAACUUUAGGGUACAUCUACAGUAUGAAUUCACGAAGCUGGGGCUUGACGAGUAUUUGGAAAAAUUGAGGCAUACAGAGAGCGAAGAUUUGCAGGUUCAAAUCUCCGCUUACCUGGAUAAUGUAUUUGAUGUAGCUGCACUCAUGGAGGAUAGUGAAACAAAAACUGCGGCGUUAGAAAAAGUUGCUGAAUUGGAGGAUGAGCUUGGACAUGCCCAUGACAGAAUGACUGAAUUGGAGCGUGAGUCUCUAUCAAAGCUUGCUGAGCUCGAGACCGAGCUUGGUGCCAUCAAAGUCGAAUAUGCGGAUACUCUCGAGGCCAAACGUCUUGUCGAGGAAGAACUAACCGCCCUAAAACGUCAGCGCCAGGACUCAGCGCGACGCCAGAGUGUCCUGGAGUCCAAGAUUAUUGAGCUCGAAACUUUGACAGGUACCUUAACCAAAGGCAGCACGAUGAGCAUCUCCAACGGCUCCCCAAUGACCUCUCCCACAUCGGAAACUUGCAACUCCGCCGCGAGUCCUGUACAACCCCAGGAAGUUUCUCUACCACCUCCUCCUGCACCUGCCCCACCCCCUCCUCCACCACCACCUCCCUGUCCGCCACCUCCUCCGAUGGCACCACUAGCCCCUGGAGACAAAAUUCCACCUCCAGCACCAAUUCCUCCGCCUCCAGCUGGCAUGAUGCAGGCUCCGGAUGGUGCAAUGACCAUUAAACGUAAAGUACAGACCAAGUACAAAUUACCAACACUCAAUUGGGUGGCAUUGAAACCAAAUCAAGUCCGAGGAACAAUUUUUAAUGAAUUGGAUGAUGACAGACUGCACAAUUACAUUGAUUUUGUGGACUUUGAGGAGAGAUUUAAGAUUGGAAUUGGGGGAAUUGUUGCCAAUGGAAGUAGUGAGAUGGAUGGACUCCAAAGUUUUCCAUCGAAGAGAUUUAAAAAACCGGAGAAUGUCAGCUUGUUGGAGCACACGAGGCUCAGAAAUAUUGCCAUCUCGAGAAGAAAAAUGGAAAUGCCUGUGGAGAAGGUCAUCACGGCUGUUAAUGCUCUGGAUCUGAAGGUCUUGUCAUUGGAAAAUGUCGAAUUGUUGCAGAGGAUGGUUCCUACUGAUCAAGAAAUCAAAGCCUACAGAGAAUACAUAAUCGAGAAGAAGAACGUGAAUCUGCUGACUGAAGAGGACAAGUUCCUCAUGCAACUUGGGAAAGUCGAGAGAAUCUCAACAAAAUUAGCAAUAAUGAACUACAUCGGUAAUUUCUUUGAUAAUAUACACCUCAUUACGCCCCAAAUUCAUGCUGUGAUAUCUGCUGCAAGUUCGGUGAAAAGCUCGAAGAAAUUGAGAGCAGUUUUGGAAAUUAUUUUGGCAUUUGGAAAUUACCUCAACAGCAGCAAGAGAGGACCCGCGUAUGGCUUUAAAUUGCAGAGUUUGGAUACUUUAUUAGAUACUAAAAGCACUGAUAAGCGAAUGUGCUUGCUACAUUAUAUAGUGGCUACUAUUAGGCUCAAAUUCCCCGAAUUAAUCAACUUCGAGUCGGAAUUGAUGUACAUUGACAAAGCAGCGACUGUCUCGUUAGAAAACAUUACGACUGAUGUACAUGAAUUGGAGAAAGGAAUGGAUCAAGUGAGAAAAGAAUUUGAAUUACGUGGUAAGGAGAAACAUAACACGGUGUUACGUGAUUUCCUGAAUAACUCCGAGGAGAAACUGAGGAGACUUAAAUCAGAUGCUAGAACAGCUGGUGAUGCAUUCCGAGAGUGCGUGGAAUUCUUUGGAGAGAGUCCACGACAGGCUGAUGCUAAUACCUUCUUUUCGUUGCUUGUUAGAUUUGCGAGAGCUUUUAAGGCGGCGGAUCAGGAGAAUGAACAGAGGAGAAGAUUAGAAGCAGCGGCAGCAGAAGCCCUAAAUACCUCCGAGGAAGUAAUCAAGCGAAAUAAACUCAAUCAGAAAAAACAACAGGAUGCAGUAAUAAACGAACUUAAAAAUAAAACUCGACUUGUGCAAGAGAAGAAACUCCUUCAGCAGGACGAAGUCUACAACGGUGCCCUAGAAGAUAUUCUCCUUGGCCUGAGAUCAGAGCCCUACCGUCGAGCUGAUGCUGUGCGUCGAUCCCAACGUCGGAGGAUCGAUAAUCAUCGAUUAUCGAGGACGGCCGAAGAACUAGAGCUCUGAGAAAAGGUUAAAAAUUCUAAAGAAUCAAAAAAAGAAA